CGCGAGUCUGAAGGAAAGGACGAGAGGUUGGCCGUUUCUCACACAGGCCGGGAAGCAGCUCAGUCCGCUCGGCCGGCAAUCGGUUCUCUGCGGGGGCAUCACCGGCGACGCGAGAAAUAGCGGAGGCUCGAGAGUGGAGGAGCGCACGACCUCGGCCGAGUGGGGAAGAGAUGGGUGGCACCUGGACAGCCGGUCUCCAGGGACCCAGCCGCGUAGGAUUGGCGGAGAGACAGGGGCCAGUCGGGGCCUAUUGGCAGGCCAGGCUACAGGCGUGUAUCGGGGGGCAGAUGAACCAGCAAUGCAAGGUUUGCGGCGAGCCGGCGGCCGGUUUUCAUUUCGGAGCGUUCACGUGCGAGGGUUGCAAGGUAAGGGGUGUAUUUAAUCAUCGUUUGAACGCGUAUUGUAAGCUGGUUUAUCACGUUUGA